AUGUUUGAGUCAAUGCCAAAAGAGCUCAGGAACCAGAUCACUUGGAAUUCAAUGAUGAAGGAGCUUGUACGCAAUGGUCGAUUAGUCCAUGCGAAAAAUAUAUUUAACACCAUGCCCACGAAAGAUGCUAUUUCUUGGACGUGUCUACUCGAGGCACUGUGUCACGUAGGUGGAAAAGAAAGUUUGGCAAAAGCUCUCAAAGUGUUGGAGGAGAUGCCGCAUGACAAAACAGUGAUUCACUGGACGAUGAUGCUGGAGGCCUAUUCCAAUACCGGGGACGUUGACUCCGCGAGGGCCAUGUUUGACCGGAAGUGGCGUCAGUCAAUGCGAUGCUCGUGCAGGAGGUAUGAUGAUGCAAAGGCAUUGUUUGCCAACACGCUUAACAAAGAUGUGUACAAAUGGACAUCCAUGAUCAGGGCAUGCACAAUGAUAAGGGAUGAGACACAUGUGAUUCAAACCUUUAAUCAGAUGAUUUUGGAUGGAAUUCUACCCAACAGAGUAACAUUCAUUGCUAUACUUGUGGCAAACAGCCAGGUGAAGCGGAUGGAAGAGGCCCAAGAACUUAUUGAGACGAUGCCCUAUGAGUGGGAUGCAAGCAUUUGGAUGACAUUUCUCUCUUCCUGUAGGAAGCAUGUAAAUGCUGAGCACGGAAAAUAUGCUGCGGAGCAGAUAUUUGCCAUGGACCCAAACAAUGCCACCCCAUACAUUAUCCUCACCGAGAUAUACGGGAAAAGCGGAAGGACUGAUGAAAUUGCUGGGCUGAGAAAGAUGGUGACAGAGAAGGGCUUGACGAAGCUUGGAGCAAUCAGCCGUGUCCAACUUGGUGGAAAAAUGCACACAUUUCAUCUGGGGGAUUGGUCUCAUCCUAAUAUAAAAGAAAUAUGGGGUGAGCUCAUGAGGUUAAUGAAGCUGGCAAAAGAGAAUGGGUAUGUGAAAGAAGAGAACUUUUGGCACCUCAAUUGCAACAAAGAGGAGGUCCAUAGUGAGAAGUUUGCAAUUGCAUAUGCAUUGCUUCAAGAAUCUCACAAAUCGAAUGUUCUUGUCAGUAAUAACAUGUGCAGUGAUUGCCAUGCCUCAGCAAAAGUGAUUCCUGAGAUUGCUGAAAAAGGAAAGAAUAUCUUUGUUCAAGAUGGUCAACAGCUUCACUGUUUCGAAGGAGGCUGUUGUUCUUGCAGUGAUGCAUGGCAUGAGCGAGAGAUGCCCGUGGCAGAUAAAUGUCCUGUAGCAUUGGUGUGUAUUGUCUGGAUUUCCUUGUGGGCCGGAGGCCUCACAUCGAGCUCAUGUGAACUUCUAGAUGUGCUUGAAUCCGAUCUUGUCAUCACGAGCACCAAACAAAAGCUUCAGGUAGAAGAAGUUUCCUCUGACUCCAAAGUUGUGCAGGACAAGGCUCUGAUUCGGAAGCAGCAGCAUAUGCUUGUUAUGCUUGAAGGGCUGCACGAGAAUGGCAGCAGUGAGCUGUCGGCAAGGUGGAGGAGGUGA